AUGACCAUACAUUCAACUCUUACAGGUGCUCUUGUCGCUUCUCUAGCACUAGCAGGAUUUUCCAGCGCCGCAAUAGAAGUAAGGUUCCCAGAAACACCUCAGGGGACGUACGCGAAUGUCGUACUGGAUAACUAUAUGGGGACGAGUUGGGAAUUGAGCUCGUUCAACACGCUAUGGGGAAAUGACACCUCUGGUAUUCCCAAGGCUACGCAGAACUACCUCUCCCACAUCAGAGCCCGCAUAUCUCACCCGCUCCGCGUCCGCGUCGGCGGCGACACCAUGGAAUUCUCAAAUUACAGCUCUUCUCUGGAUACCAUGCUUAUUCACCUGGACGUUAAGAAGAAUUACACGCUCGCCACUACUUAUGGCCCGAUCUUGUUCGAUGUCAUGAACAAAAUGGCGGACGAAGUAGGGGAGAUGCAGUUCAUGACGGGGCUGAGUAUGAAUAAGCCACCCGAGAACGGCGGAGAUGCGGAGGCGCUGAAGAUUGCGAGUGUCGCGACAGAGAAGUUUGGGCCUAGACUGGAUGCGAUCUUACUUGGGAAUGAGCCGGAUCUGUUUCAAGGGCAUAAGAACCGCCCUUCGUAUAACAUCUCGCAAUAUAUUGAUGAAGUCGAUUACAUCCUGAGCAACCUCUCGACGUCGCCCUAUGGCGACCUGAGAGCGAAAGACUCUUUUGCCGGCCCCUCCAUCUGCUGCAACUGGGAACUGUCCGACAUCUUGAAUGCAGGUCUUGCAGGCGAGAACUACAAAUAUUACGCCGUACAACACUACCCCAACAUCUACUGCUUCGGUCCCACCGCCGCCAACACCAACAUCUCCAACUAUCUCACCCACACGACCGCCGUUUCGUACUCGGGUUUCCAGUCCGCCGGAGUUGCGUCGGCGACCGCGGCCAAUAUCCCCGUCAUCAUGAGUGAAGCCAAUUCGUGUGCUUGCGGAGGUUGUCCUCUCAUCUCACCCACAUUCGCCGCGACGCUGUGGGAGAUUGAUGCUUUCCUCGCGUUAGCCGCCAACAACUACUCCGCAGCCUACAUUCACACUCGCGAAUACGGCGUAACCUACAACAUCUUCGAUCCCCCUCCCUCCCAGAACCCCUUGGAAAGCAAAGGCUGGAGGACCGGCUCGACAUACUACUCCCUCCUCAUGAUGAGCGAAGUCAUGUCCAAGAACGGCUCGAUCGUCACGGACCUUAACCUUCAGAACUCAAAGACGAACGCCAGCAGCCACAUCGCCGCCUACGGCAUUUACGACCUCGACAACUACAUGGACUCGACAUCCCGUCUUGCGGACCCCACGAAAACCCACCGCGGUAAACUCGUGCUCAUUAACUAUUCGAACCACACGUCGUCGACGUUCCAUAUCCCGGCAGGCAUGGCUAAGUCGGUUGGGUACAGAUCAUUGCUUGCGCCGAAGGUGACGGAGAAGAAGAAUAUCAAGUGGGCAGGGCAGACGAUUGGGGAGGAGGGGAAGUUGGAGGGGAAGCAGAUCACGCAUCACGUUGAUUGUGACGGGAAUGAGGGUUGUACUGUCAAGGUGCCGGGUCCGGGGCUUGUGUUGGUGCUUUUGGCCCCGAAUACGACGACGACCUUCUACAACGAGGCCUGA